AUGGUCUCCGUGGCGUAUAUGGAUCCCGGGAAUUACUCCACGGCUGUUUCAUCAGGUGCUACUUAUAAAUAUGCGUUAUUAAGCGUAGUAUUCCUAUCCAACAUAUUUGCUGUUAUAUUACAAUGUCUCUGUAUCAAAUUAGGAACGGUUACCGGACUUGAUUUGGCAGAGUUUUGUCGGCUAGCAUUACCUGGCUAUAUUAAUCUACCACUAUAUGUAUGUGCGGAGUUAGCCAUUAUAGCCACGGAUUUGGCAGAGGUGGUGGGGACUGCAAUAUCCUUGCAGAUUCUCUUUGGAAUCCCUUUGGUCUAUGGUGUGCUUAUCACCGUAUUGGAUGUGUUGAUAGUGUUGUUUGCUUAUCAUAAGGAUGGUUCUAUGAAACAGACUAGAACGUUUGAAAUAUUGGUGUCGGUGCUAGUGGGUGCUACAUGCAUUUGCUUUGUAUUGGAGUUAUUCAAGUGCCAUUUCGAGCCUGGAGCGUUCAGUGAUAUAGUCAAGGGGUUCUUGCCCACUCGUAGUAAUCUUUCCUUGUUUACUGAGAAGCAAGCUUUGUUCUUAAGCUGUGCAAUAGUGGGUAGCACUGUCAUGCCUCAUUCGCUUUAUUUGGGGUCUGCCUUGGUCCAACCCAGACUUAAAGAAUACGAUAUAAAACAUGGGAAUAUACUGGAAACAGCAGCUAAUGCUAAUAACGAAGAUGAUAAUGAUGAUGAUGACUACGUUGUUAACGUGAGACGGAAGUCAAUCUCCGACUCAACUGCCUUGCUAUCUAAAUAUAAGCCUUCAUUAUCGGCCAUUGAGUAUUGCUUAAGCUAUUCUUAUUCAGAAUUGAUCAUCUCCUUGUUCAUUAUUGCUGUGUUUGUUAAUUCUGCCAUCUUGAUAGUGGCCGCUACAACUUUAUACGGUAAACCUGAUGCUGAAGAUGCUGAUUUAUUAUCCAUUUAUGAAAUGCUUGCUUAUUACAUUAGUCCUACGGCUGGUAUCAUAUUUGCACUUUCAAUGCUAUUCUCAGGUCAAUCUGCGGGUAUAGUCUGUACUAUGGCCGGUCAAAUUGUUAGUGAAGGGUUUAUAAACUGGACAUUAACACCAUGGUUAAGAAGAAUCAUCACCAGAGUUAUUGCCAUAAUUCCAGUGUUAGUUAUCAUCUUAAUAAUGGGUCGUGAAGGAGUCUCUAAAAUCAUGAACUCAAGUCAAGUGGUCCUUAGUUUCUUCUUGCCUGUUACGAGUGCUCCGUUGAUUUGGUUCACUUGUACAAAGCAAUAUAUGACUGUUAAGGUUCCAACACAGUCAACCAUUACUGUGAAUAAUGAUAAUGUUGAGCACACUGAACAAACUGCUUUACUUGACUCCACCAAUACUGAUGUCAUCACCUUUGAAAAUAGUACCCCUUUGGCAAUUGCAAGUGUUUUAACUUGGUUAACCAUCACCGCAUUAAACAUCUAUUUGGUAAUUGCAUCAAUAUAA